AUGGCUGCAACGUCAACCAAAUUACGCCCGUUGGUUAAAGGAAAAAUCCUUAAAAAACGUACAAAGAAAUUUGUUCGCCAUCAGAGUGAUCGUUAUUUUCGCCUUCGUCCAAACUGGCGUAAACCACGUGGUAUUGACAAUCGUGUUCGCCGACGUUUCAAGGGUGUUUAUUUGAUGCCAUCAAUUGGUUACGGUUCCGAUAAGCGCACACGUCAUAUGCGUCCAGAUGGAUUUCGUGCGUUUCUUGUUAACAAUCUUAAGGAAUUAGAAAUGUUGUUAAUGCAAAAUCGUAAGUUCGCUGCUGAAAUUGGUCACACUGUAUCAGCACCAAAUCGUAAGAAAAUCAUCGAACGUGCUCAACAAUUAGCUAUUAAGGUAACUAAUCCAAAUGCACGCUUACGUGCCGAAGAAAAAGAAUAA